AUGUUGUUCCCCUUCCUUCUGCUCUACAUAUCACAUGCUGAGCUGGUAGACAAACAAGGUACGGACCAGCAGGUUCUUCAGCCCGGCCCGAGAGACAACCCAUGUGAAGGCUAUGUUCAAGUCUAUCAUGAAGACAGUUGGGGUUAUGUUGGAGAUGAUAAGUGGAACCACAACACUGAAAAAGUGGUUUGCAAAACUGCUAAAUGUGGCGAACCUCUGGACAGAACAUAUACGUUUCGCUCUAACGGAUCCAAAGUGUGGCUCGAUGGACUGGAGUGCAGUGGUGAUGAGGAAUACCUGUGGGAGUGUAACAAAACGGGCUGGGGUGUCAGCCCUUCCAUAAAGCAGAGUGUGAGAAAGAUCAUAUGUUCUGAUAAAAUUCAAAUAAGCCUGGAUGGAUUUGAAUGUGCCGGAGUUGUGAAGUUCUCCAGAAAUGAGACAGUGGGAUACUUUUGCAGUGAUCACUGGGGAAAAAAUGAAGCAAACCAUUUGUGCAAAUCACUGGGCUGCGGGGAACACAAGAAGAUUCCUUCAUAUCCUUGGUUACUACCCAGCAAAUUUGACAACUCAGAGAAGAUGCAGAUCAAGUGUCCGACGAAAACUGAAAUUAAUCUGUGGCAGUGUGCAACUCCGGGAACUUGCAAAAAUCCUGCUUAUGUCAUAUGUACAGGUCAUGAAAGACUACAGAUCUCAUCAAAGAACUCAUCAAAUGUCUGUUCUGGACAGCUGUACAUAGAAAAUGGUACCGCCUGGAAUCCUGUUCGCAAGGACACUAUCAGAACUAAACCUGGGCAAGAUUUGUGCCAGCAGAUGUACUGUGGUUCCACUGUCACACAAUGUCAGAAUGCCAGCAACGCAGUACACUUGACAUGUUCGGAUAAGGUUGAAGUCAGUCUGAUGGUCAAUGACCAAAAGAGUUACUGUUAUGGCACAGUUUUUAUCACUGUGAACAGUACUCGGCAUCCUGUCUGUGCCAGCCAAUGGAGCAAUACGGAUGCAAAAGUGAUUUGUUCCGAGCUAAACUGUGGGACGGUAACUAUUUUCUUGAUUUUUAGGAUCCAAGCACCAGCAAAGCUGGUGGUUUCUAUUAAAUCUGAAAGCACGACUGCUCUAAAUUCGACAAUGGAUUAUGUGCAGUGCUCUGGCAAUGAGGCAUCACUGUGGUACUGUAUGGCCAAGCGUGAUGUCAACAACCCAUUCAAAUGUUCUUCCAAUGCCUACGUGGUCUGUGCAGGUAGUAUGAACGUGAGACUGACCGAUGGGCCAGGAAAAUGUGCUGGAAGACUGGAAAUACAGCACGAGAACCAAUGGAAACGUGUCACGACCCAUCACUGGUCAACUGACAAUUCCGAUAAGAUCUGCGAAUUACUGAAGUGUGGAAAUGCAGCAAAGUCCAGCACACCUGACAUAUUUAGCCCUGGUUCAGGCCCAUUACUUCAACUGAAUUUAAAGUGUAACACAAGUCACUCUCAUAUAUCUGAUUGUGUCACAGGACCCAUUGUGACUCCACUCAAGGAUGUAAAAAUAUUAGGAAUAACCUGCCAACAACACAUGGUGGUAUUUUUAAAGGGAAACGCAUCAUGUUCUGGCAAGGUGGGCAUAAAGCACGGCCAGAACAUCUACUGGCUCUCCGGCUCCAACAACAUGUGGAAUCAGAAGGCUGCCGAUGCAGUGUGUCGACAGAUGCAAUGUGGGAAAGCUAUUGGGUUUAACAAUAUCUCCACUGUUGACAUGACAAAUGAUGUUUGGAAAAAAGCUUAUGACUGCAAAGAAAAUACCAGCUCCUUGUUUGACUGCGUGAAGGAUGACGAUCCACCAUCCAGCUACAAUGAUAGUAUUGCCACUGUGACAUGUUCAGAAAAAAUCACAGUGAAACUAGAUGAGUGUUGGGGGAAGGUCACUGUUUGUGUGGAAGGCCGGUGUGGAGGUGUAUGUGCAGACACCUGGACAGACGAUAUGUCGCUGAAGCUGUGCAAAAGUCUCCACUGUGGGACUAAAAUCCUGACAACAGAAGGCAUACAGAAAGACAGCGGUGUGAUCAUCGAGAGUUUGCACUCUACUAACCAGUCAGAAGCCCUGGAUGAGUGGAACAUCGUCAGAAGUGACAAGAAGUCAUCCUGUGACAAAAACCCAGCCUAUGUUGUUUGCUCAGGGAGCAUCAAAGCCAAAUUUGAUCUUUCCAGAGAUAAAUGUUCUGGAAAUUUGAAGCUAUUCUAUUUUAACCAGUGGCUGCCAGUCUGCAAAGAAGCUCUUAAAUAUACUGUGCAAAGCACCAUCUGUAAACAUCUGAAGUGUGGUGACCACAGUGUUCGAACACUUGAUUUUGUUCCAAAACUGUCAUAUGGGCAGCGUGUCAUCUCACAGAUACAGUGUGAUCCAAACAGCCAGUCACUGGCAGAAUGUCACAUUACCUAUGCCACCAAAUCCUGCACUCCAGUUGGCCUCCAGUGCUCUGGCUGGAGGAAAAUGAAGCUGGAACACACAUCACAAGCCUGCAGCGGAGCUGUGUUUGUCCACAAGAGCAGCACACAGGGAGACACCAGAGCUGCUGUUUCCGCAGAAGGCUGGACAAAAGAGGAGGGCCAGAGGCUUUGCCAGGAUCUGAACUGUGGCCAGUAUAUUGGAAUGGAACAAGUGCAAUAUUCAGAAAUACCUUUCUUGGAAAGCAGCUUUAAUUGUACCGGUGUAGAGAAACCAAAUAACAUUUGGGACUGUGAAUGUGCAAGCACAGCCACAGAAAAUCAAAAGCAGCUCUGUGUCCACUGUCAAGAUGAGCCACUUGUGAAACUUUCUCACACCUGUUACGGUGCACUGAAUAUCAGAGGUGUUGAAGUGUGUGGCGAUCACUGGAAAGAAGAAUACCAACACUUGGUGUGUCAAGAACAGAGCUGCAGCAUUGCUGCAGGAUACCAUUUUGAUUCACCAACUGGACGAGAACAUGCGCACAUCAGCUGUGAUGAGAGUGACUUCAAACUCGGCCAAUGUAAAACAUUCAAUGGAAGGUGUAAUCGAGGGCUCGUACAUGUUUACUGCACAGGCGACGUCCAAUUCAACACCACAGAAAAAUGUGGAGGUCAGAUUCAAGUCAAGUAUCGAGGUUAUUGGGAGUUUGUUUGUCCACUGACAUCAUUCUCAAAGACAUUUAAGGACAUUCUGUGUAAGAAGCUUGGAUGUAUCAAGGACAUAGGUUCUGUCAACAACACAGAGAAAGAGUUGCUCAACUUGGAAACACAACUGGAUUGUAAAUCAAACUACGAAGACAUUAACCCAUGUGUCCGAUACAAGCCUUGUGGAAUGAGCAAACCGGCUGAGAUCUACUGUGAAGGGUAUGAGAUAAAAAGACCGGACGUGGUGGAAACCUCGCAAAACACAAUACUAUGGAUUGUUUUGGGAGUCGUGUCUUUUAUUCUUGUGCUGAUAUUGCUGUUUGUGUUUAUGCGAGUCUGGAUCUUGAAGAAAGGCAAGAAUGAAAAGGUUAUCAUCAUGAAAUUGUCCUUGAGGAAACAAGUGGAGGCUGAAAACAGUGACAGCAAAGAUGACCAGAGCAAAGCCACUGAACCCACAGAUGACUUUGGAACAUUUAGAUCGGAGACUCAUAUUAUCAUCGAGAACGACAGGAGGAGCAUUUCCUCUUACGAUGAUAUUGAUAAAGCAGAAGAAGCUGCAGCUCAGCCUUUGACCUCUUCCUCCCCCAGUGACUCAGGACAUUUCAUGGACAAAGAGAUGGUUACCUACGAGGUGGAUGACCCACGAGAGAAUUAUGAUGAUGUUGCAUCAAGUCCUGAAACAGAGGCAAAAGUCGACGUUCACAACAGCGGUGAAGCUGCACCUCCCUCAAGCACAGAGGCACCUCCAGGAUCUGAACCGGCACGUGGUGAUUACUGAAAAGCCGGCCAAGACAGGUGAGCCAAGCCAGAUUAAAAUUUAACAAAUAGUCUUAAUGACUGCAAAAUCCAGUCAUCCAGGUUAUGCUUUUCAUUUAGCUUGAGUCACAUCAACUGGACUUCUAUAGUUCCUUGAAAGCAUUUUGCU